AUGUACAGGUGAGUGGCAUACACGGUACCACGUGUGCCCUCCCCGGUGCCAGUACCAGGGCGCUUACUAUUCACGCACUUCCUGCUGGCGGCAGCUGCUGUAUAAACCCACCGGCACACGUGACACUGUGUGAGGUACCGAGAAAGACGGGACAGGAAGAGGCGGAGCUUGAGUAUCAGUAAUACGCUGACGGUUGCUUGUGAUCCUCAGUAUGGCAGAGGAGGGGAACACAAUGGAAGUAGAUGGAGGCAUCAUGGAGGGGGGGGGGCAGAUCUUGCGUAUCUGUACGGCUCUCAGCUGUCUGUUAGGCAUCCGUGUGCAUGUUGUGAGGAUCCGCGCUGGGAGAAGCACACCGGGACUCAGGUGUUUAGACCAAUUGCCGAACGCUUUGCAUUUAAGUUGGACUGCGACAUCAGGAGAAGGGGCUAUUACCCCCGGGGAGGAGGGGAGAUCUUAGUCAAGGUGUCUCCAGUGAAGAACUUAACCCCCAUCACUAUGACUGAUCGAGGAAAUGUCACCAAGAUCUACGGACGAGCGUUUGUGGCUGGUGUCCUCCCCUACAAGAUGGCGAGGGAUAUGGCUUCAAGUGCAGUGCGCUGUAUACGUCGGGAAGUUAACAAUCUGCAUGUGGAUAUCCAAGCGGUACAGGAACCCAGCGAUAAAGCUGUGGGCAACGGCAGUGGCAUCAUUGUCAUUGCUGAGACCUCCACAGGCUGCUUGUUUGCAGGGUCCGCGCUUAGUAAACGGGGUGUGCCUGCAGAUAAAGUUGGAGCAGAGGCCGCAGACAUUUUGCUAAGAAACUUGCGACAUGGCGGCUGCGUGGAUGAGUAUUUACAAGACCAGUUGAUCAUAUUUAUGGCUCUGGCUGAUGGAAUCUCCCGGAUCCGAACAGGGCCUCUCACACUGCACACACAAACAGCCAUCCACUUCGCACAACAGUUCACCAAGGCAAAGUUUACAGUGAACAGAUGUGAGGAGCCAGACGCAGAGAACUAUAUCAUUGAAUGUCAGGGGACUGGACACCAGAACCCAACUGCCUGAGUGACGAGAAAACGCGACCUCUGAGCCUGGUGCCAGCAUUGUGACAUUUACAGUCCCCUUAGCUCUUUCAUGGCACACCAGGGGGUGCAGAGCAAUGAACACAGGGACAUAGUGACACCAUGGGAAGGACCCACAGUAGUGAGAGCAUGGGUGGUGUUAUGAUCAGGUCCCUGGCACAGCUCCUCGUUCUGCUCUGUCACUGGACUUUGUGCAUAAUGACAAAUCAUGGCGUCCAAGUAGACGGGAGCAAUGCCCCUAACCAAGGCUUCCUAGGAGUCUGUCGCACCUCACCCUUGUGUCAGACAUCACGCACACUGUGUCGCACCUCACCCUUGUGUCAGACAUAACGCACACUGUGUCGCACCUCACCCUUGUGUCAGACAUCACGCACACUGUGUCGCACCUCACCCUCGUGUCAGACAUCACGCACACUGUCGCACCUCACCCUCGUGUCAGACAUCACGCACACUGUGUCGCACCUCACCCUCGUGUCAGACAUCACGCACACUGUGUCGCACCUCACCCUUGUGUCAGACAUAACGCACACUGUGUCGCACCUCACCCUUGUGUCAGACAUCACGCACACUGUGUCGCACCUCACCCUCGUGUCAGACAUCACGCACACUGUCGCACCUCACCCUCGUGUCAGACAUCACGCACACUGUGUCGCACCUCACCCUCGUGUCAGACAUCACGCACACUGUAUCGCACCUCACCCUCGUGUCAGACAUCUGUCAUCCCUUGCACUCGCCCUCUUCUGUUCACCCUUAAAUGUCCCACUGUCAGCCCUUUUAUAUUCUAAUAUCCUUGUUGCCCUGUGCUGGCAAAAAUCCCAGCAGCUUUUGAUGCUGCAGUCAGAGUAUUCACUUUGCAGUUGUCAGAGCUGCCAGGUGAGGGCAGCAGUGGGCUCCAGGAGGUUUCAGUAGGCGAUUACUGCUCUGUGUCAUUUGGAGGAUUAAAGGAUUAAUGCUGUG